UCUUGAACGUCUUCACCCCUAUUAAUUCAAUUACAGUGAUAUCCAUCGUAAAUGUCAAUUUAUAUAUAAUUGCUUGAAAUGUAUCGAACUCACUGACGUGUUGCAAUGCGAUAACGUGUUAAAUACGAUUAAAUAGACGACGUAAAAGUUUUUUUUUUUUUUUAAUAAAAAUGGCCGAACUGGCAUCUGUGCGCCAAUCAUACUUGACUUCACUACAGUGUACAGUGUGUUCCUGGACUCGUUGCAUUUGCAACUGCAGUUGCUUUACUUGAAUACUUAUCUACUGCCGCAGCUGUCUACAAAAAGCUCAACUAAGUGUCUUGUUGGAUUUUAUCUAUCCAUUAUACAUAAUGUCAGCAGGCACAAACAGUACUAGCAGUACAUCAAGGAUUUGUGGUGUUAAGAGGAGAAGAAUGAAAGACCAUGAAGCUAGUAAGGAAAACAAGCCAGUCCUCACAGGAAUUCAGUCUGCUCGUACAAAAUCUAAAAUUUCAGAGUCUGGCAUGAAAGGCCACAAAAUUUCAUGUGGAGGUUGGAAAAGUGCAAAGGUUAACAUCAAGAAAUUGCAGUCAAUUUUGCCUAGUUCAUCAGUAAACAGUUCUUGCACGUAUGAAAAUAUUGCUGAGGAAAGUUUCAAAUCAGUGGUUCAUCAUGAAACACUAACAGCAGCUCUCCUUGCAUCAAUUAGUAGAGAAGCAAAUAUAUCUCAUGAUAAGGCAAGUACAUUCUCACUGAAUCAUGUAAGAGAAUCAUGCGCAGAAGUUUUUCAACAGUUACAAAAGUUGCCAGAGUGUAUGGAUAGUCCUGAUAUUUUUGAAGCGUAUAUGACUCAUGCUGCUGAAGAGUUCUGUAGUAACCUUGUCUGUGAAGCAUAUAGUCAAGCAACACAACAUCAGAAUGGUUCUGAUUCUUUGGAUGAAAAUGCAGUUUCAGAUUUUUGCGUACGUGAUCAGUCGCUUCCUAUUUCACAUACUGCAGGUAUAUUUCAGAAAGCUUUGUUUAUUACUAGGUAG